AUGAAGCUGGUGAUAGUGCUCAUGCUGACCGCCCUCCCCCUUUUCUGCUAUGCCGGUUCUGGCUGCUCAGACCUAGAGUAUGUGAUUGAAAAGACCCUUGAUCCCCAAGAGUCCAUGACUCAAUUCAUCCAAGACCUUGAGGAGUACAUCCCGGGUGAAAUUACUAAGAUGGCCCUCAUGAAGUUUAAGCAGUGCUUUCUCAAUCAGAACAACCAAACCCUGAGCAACAUUGGCGAGCUGGUGGUAAUGGUGGCUUCUCCUUCCCACUCUGGCCGGGAAUCAGUGGGCUCUCAGUUCUCUACAAACUACUUUUUUCUUAG